UCCUUCUCCAAGGCUGUGGUUUUUCUGUAUGUGUUUCUGGAGUCCUGAGCCUGAGCUAAACAAAAGCAGGAGGCUGACGGGGCUGCCGGAGUUUGCAGAGACACGGAGGAGGAGAGAGCCUGUGCUCUGCCUGCCGCCGCGGCCGGGGGAGAUCUGGCUUUUGCAACAGCCCACCCCCUUUGAGAUCACUCUGGCCCGGAGUGGGGGUGGGGGGCAGCGGGGGGUGGGGGGGAAAGUUUGCAUUGCAAUCCCCCUGCCUUCCUCUCCUUUCUCCCGAUCAAUGCAUAUUUGCAAAAGGAUUAAGCCACAGAUUUAAGCGCCGGGAGCCCAUUUCUGCCUUGCAAAGGAGACCGGACUGAAAAACCAAAAGCCAGCUCUGAUUUCUUUUCGUCAAGUGGGAAGGUGGUUUAUUUUUCUUGCUUUUUGGAGUCAACACCCUUCCCCACCAGCCCUUAUCCCCACCCUCACCCCGCAACCCCUUCACGCCCCCCUCCCCCUCCCCACUCCCCAUCCUCCCACCAGCCUCUAAAAGAGGCAAAGGGAUUUUUUUUUUUUCUUUUGGUCUUCUUUUUUUCCCCCUUCCCUGUUUAUCCUGAAAAGGAUCUGAAGCCAGCUUGAAGGAUAAAAAGCCUUGGUGCUGCCCAGGAGCCGAGCCGAGGAGCAGAAGAGGAAGAGCCGGGGGCUGCCGUUGCCUUUGGAGAUGGACGAGCAGCCCAGGCUGAUGCAUUCCCAUGCUGGGGUCGGGAUGGCCGGACACCCCGGCCUGUCCCAGCACUUGCAGGACGGGGCCGGAGGGACCGAGGGGGAGGGCGGGAGGAAGCAGGACAUUGGAGACAUUUUACAGCAAAUUAUGACCAUCACAGACCAGAGUUUGGAUGAGGCGCAGGCCAGAAAACAUGCUUUAAACUGCCACAGAAUGAAGCCUGCCUUGUUUAAUGUGUUGUGUGAAAUCAAAGAAAAAACAGUCUUGAGUAUCCGGGGAGCCCAGGAGGAGGAGCCAACAGACCCCCAGCUGAUGCGACUGGACAACAUGCUGCUGGCGGAGGGGGUGGCAGGCCCCGAGAAGGGUGGUGGCUCAGCAGCAGCAGCGGCAGCGGCAGCAGCUUCGGGGGGCGCGGGCUCGGACAACUCAGUGGAGCACUCCGACUACAGAGCCAAGCUGUCCCAGAUCAGACAGAUCUACCACACGGAGCUGGAGAAGUACGAGCAGGCGUGCAACGAGUUUACCACCCAUGUGAUGAACCUCCUGCGGGAGCAGAGCCGGACCAGGCCCAUCUCCCCGAAGGAGAUCGAGCGGAUGGUCAGCAUCAUUCACCGCAAGUUCAGCUCCAUCCAGAUGCAGCUCAAACAGAGCACGUGCGAGGCCGUCAUGAUCCUGCGCUCCCGGUUUCUGGACGCGAGGCGGAAGAGACGGAAUUUCAACAAGCAAGCGACGGAAAUCCUGAAUGAAUAUUUCUAUUCCCAUCUCAGCAACCCUUACCCCAGUGAGGAAGCCAAAGAGGAGUUAGCCAAGAAGUGUGGCAUCACAGUGUCCCAGGUAUCAAACUGGUUUGGAAAUAAGCGAAUCCGGUACAAGAAGAACAUAGGUAAAUUUCAAGAGGAAGCCAAUAUUUAUGCUGCCAAAACGGCUGUCACUGCUACCAAUGUGUCAGCCCAUGGAAGCCAAGCUAACUCACCCUCGACUCCUAACUCAGCUGGUUCUUCCAGUUCUUUUAACAUGUCAAACUCUGGAGAUUUGUUCAUGGGCGUGCAGUCACUCAAUGGGGACUCUUACCAAGGGGCCCAGGUUGGAGCCAACGUGCAGUCACAGGUGGAUACCCUUCGCCAUGUUAUCAGCCAGACAGGAGGAUACAGUGACGGACUCGCAGCCAGUCAGAUGUACAGUCCGCAGGGCAUCAGUGCUAAUGGAGGUUGGCAGGAUGCUACUACCCCUUCAUCAGUGACCUCCCCUACAGAAGGCCCUGGCAGUGUUCACUCUGAUACCUCCAACUGAUCUCCCAGCAAUCGCAUCCCGGCUGACCCUGUGCCCCAGUCGGGACAGGGCCAGGAGGGAGGGUUUCUCUCCCAGCGCUGAAGCGGUCAGACUGGAGGUCGAAGCAAUCAGCAAACACAAUAAGAGUCUCCUUCUCUUCUCUUCUUUGGGAUGCUAUUUCAGCCAAUCUGGACACUUCUUUAUACUCUCUUCCCUUUUUUUUCUGGGUAGAAGCCACCCUCCCUGCCUCCAGCUGUCAGCCUGGUGUCCGCCAUCUUUCCUGUCCCCUCCCUCCUCUGUCCUAGACUCCCUGGGUCCCUGCCCUCUAUGACAUCACGGAAGGAUAUUUUCAACAAUUAGAGGAAUUUAAAGAGGAAAGAAAAUAAUAAAUGUGUUUGUAUGUUUUCAUGCUGGUGGUUUGAGGAGCCAAAUUUACCUCACUCGGAUCCCUCGCUCCCUCUGUUAACAGGCAGCCCUUCUCUUGUUUCUCUUCUUACUCUCACUACCUCUUAGCAGGAAUGCGCCACAUUGUCCCACUCAUUCCAGGCCCCCUGCCCCCUCUUGCUCUUCCCUCCCUGGGCUGGUUCUGCUUAGAACACUUCCUCCUCUUCCUUCCCAGCCCCAGCUGUGCCCCGGGGACUGCCAUAGCUGGGUUUCUAAAGGUGCCAUGUUUUCUAGUCUCAGCUCCACAAGGUGGAUUCCGAGGCAGGAAGUCUAGCCUCGGAGAGGACAUAAGCAACAAGAAGGGCAGAAUUCUUGGAGGCUUCCUCCUUCUCCUAACAGCUCUUGGUUGCAGAGGCACAGUCUUUGGAGACCACGUAACACCUAGUAAGGAAUGUCCAGAACCUACCGCAAAGCCAGAUCUGAAUGGGCACGGUGAUGAACCACUAAGGAGUAGAAAGUUCUUAACCUGCAGCCCUUCAACUAAUCCUACACACACACACACACACACACGUGCACACGCACACCCAGGCACAUGUCAGCACAUGCACGGCUUCACACAUUCAUUUUCUCCCAGUCACUCAUGUGCCACAUUCAAAGACCCACAUUAAUAACCAGCAGUUUGCCUUGUGAGCCCAGGAGAGGGAAUUAGCAACUCUGAGUGAAGGUCACUGGCGCAGAGACACAGUAUGUGCUGGGGCUUCUGGGACCUGUAGCCCCCCAGCAUGCCCACACACCAGAACGAUAUCCACAGGACUCCAUCAUAAUGGAGGCUGUUCCUGUUCCUGCCACCUCUGGAGCGCUCAGGGAGCCACACCUAGUACUUACGAUGUCUAUAAUGGAUUUGGGUCUAUUCUGUUUUUUGGUUUUCUAUGGGGGCGUUGCAUUAAUUAUUCAAAGUGUUAACAUGGCACCAUGUUCUUGUUCCGGAGGGGUUGGAGAAGAUCACGGCUUAGGCAGAUUUUGCUAGCUUCAUUUGAAAAUCUGGGAGCGAUGGGUUUCGAAAGGGGGAAGUAAUGUUUUGAGUGGAAUUGUCACAGUGACUUUCAUUUCCUUGGAAUAUCUGAGAGGAGAGUACUAGAAAGCCGUUCUGUAGUGUCACCUGAGCUUACAGUCCUCAUGGCCAGCUGCCCCAGUGAAGAAGAUGGUGGCUCUGUAACCCGACUGUGAUGGGAGGUGGUCACAUCUCUCCGUGCCUCAUUUUGUUCAUCUGUAAAUUGAGGAUUAUGAUGCCUGGCUUACCAAGAGGCUGGUCAGAGACUGAAGGGAUCGGUUUCAUUCAUAUCCCAUCCGUAAAUGGGAAGUCAGGGGAAGUGUCAUCCCUGAGACAAGUGGGUUUGUGCCAUGGCAGGGCAACAUAAUGGUUUUCCUGUUCCAGCUUCGGGUUACCAUCAAUACCCUUGAUGACAAAGAAAAGAAGGGGUAUUACUGUUGCUUUUUUGUUUGUUUUGGUCGGUUUGGUUUCAUAGACUAGAGCUAAGCCUCCACACUAGAAAAAUAGGACCCGGUUCUCUUAGUUUGUACUUGAAUCCAAUAUGUGGCCUUGUAAGUGCUUAGCCCCCUGUCCCAUCUACUCUGUUUGAGAGGCCUGUGGGUGAGAGAGAGGACACUGAGGGGGAAGGGUGGCCCGCUAAGGAGGUCAUGGAAAUGGUGCAUGGCGCUACAGUAAUGAACAGAAAUUGCUCCUGUGUAUAUGCUGGGGAGAGGGGAGACCUAAGAAAACAGAAGGUGUGUGAAUUUGAAGGAAAGGCAAAAAGUAAGUCUUUGGCAAGAUGGAAUUAUGCCUUGAUGACGAAGAGCAGUGGAGAGACUGUGUCUACUGACGUGUGCCCCCAAUCACUGCCGAGCUCAGUAGAGGGGCGUCCCGGCAGGAUCCAUCUUGUGACAACCCUGUUGUUGUAGAAGCAGUGGAGAACCUUGCUCAGUGUCAGGGGCACACAGGAGCACGGCUGGAUCACAUGCCUGACCACACAAAGUACAGAAGAGACCCAGCACGGUUCUCUUGGCACCAGGAAGAAGGAUUCCAGAUUUGGGUUGAAUGGUUGCCAUUUUAAGUUGAUGAAACAGAUCAGAGCAGAGCUACAUUUGCACAGACAGUUUCUCUCCCCGAAGGAGUUUGCACGGAGUCUCACCUCGCCCAGCAUCUUCCCUCCCCACUCAGACCUCUCUGUUCCAGUUUCCCGCCCACCCCCACCCCCCACGCCCACCGUCACGUCCAACAUGGCAGCCACCAGAUCCCCCUGACAGGAAGCAGAGCAUGGGAACUCUGGCAGCAGAAGGAAGGGGAUGGAAAGAGCGUGCCUCUGGAAAUCCAGCUCCCUGGGAAUUCCUAUUCGGUCAAUCCUACAGACACCAAAAUGUACCCCAGGCCUCCUGCAUUUUCUGAUGGGAGUGGGAACUCCCCGUUGUCCCUGGCAGCCGAUUUCCCCUGAGUAAUACUAGCCCUUGGGAUUGCCUAUCUUAUAACUCUCCAUCUCAUCCUACUUUUCACCCCUAACUCUUCCCCCUGGCGUGGAACCGAUGCCUGUGCAGUACUUCUGCCAAGUGGCACCUUCCUUACGUUGACUUUCUUUAUUUUUUUCUUUUUUUAAAUGUUGCUGUGGUGGUGGUUCUUUAUUUGCUGGUUGCCUUCUCUCACAUACCUUUACCCCCCACACACCUUUUCCUUCUGAGUUUUAUUUUUCUGCCCAGAAAAACCUGACUUCGAUACCAAAAAAGAUGAAACUACAGAAACUCAAAUUUAAAAAAAAACUUAAAAAAAUACAAAAAAAUACUCAACAAUUCUUUCAGCUUUAUUAACAUUUUCCAUUGUUUCUUGCGACUUGUGUCUCGUUCUUUGUAGUAUUGAUGAUGAACAUUUGAUAAUGAAUGUUCUUGUAUAUUCAGAUAAAGAAAAAAAAAACCAAAAAAGCGGUCUGAAUUUAAUAGUGUUUAUAAUAAAACUUUUAAAAAUGACCCUCAUAGCACGCAAAACAGGAUGGGGGGGCUCCCCCUCUUCUUUCUGUGACAAUACACAUCAUUCCUGCGUUCGUUUUUAACACCAAACUACCUACAUGAAUCAUUUCCCCAUUUUUCUUUUAUUUUCUUGCAUUUGUGAAUUAGUUCAAGAAUGCUAGAAAAGUGUCGAGUUGUGCACAUUCAUUUCCUGUUUCACAAUGUUUAAAAGUGACAGUAAUUCAUUUUGUAAACUAAAAAAAAAAAAAAAGGUUGGGAUAGUGAGCAUAAUAGGUACAACCUAACACGUUAUGUUUAUUAACUUUGAGACCCAGAAAUAAAUUCUUUUCUUUCUUUAUUUCUGCUCUUUAAAAUAUAAAAAAAAAAAAAUUAUGUUUUGUGUUACUUUGGGUUGUUUUAUGGGGGGGGGGCUUUUUUUUAAUUGUCAGGAUUAUGAUCUUGCUGUUUUUAUUCCUUACGUCAUGUAUAUGAGGUGAUGUGAAAAGAUGACAUUUGUAGAGUAGGUGGGUUUCCUUGUACUUCUACUUCGCUCCAGAACUCAGUUGACUUCAGAGACAAAGAUGAAGCCCGAGUGGAUGGCCCAUCACUCACCUGCGUUUCCAGAGUGAGUGGCAGUUCCGCAGUCCCUGAGGGAAAAAAAAAAAAAAAACCACAGGGACCUGGGUUCUCCUUCCAGCCCUUUAAAAAUUCAAGGAACUGGCCUGGGAGACCUUUGAUACGGUAGGGAGAGACUUUUUGCCUUUGUUGACCGUGAACGUCAUGACGAAGUGCUUUCUUUUCUUUCUUCUUGUUCAAUAACAACAUUCCGGGAGCCCUCUUACAACAAGAGAGGAUUUUUUUUUUUACUUCCAGAAGCAUCCCACAGACAUCCUAGUGUCAUGGGGUCUGGGCUCCAUAGACGAGAUCCUGGAGGCUGUCCCUGGGGUCAUUCGGCCUUCUGAGCCCUGUAGCCCCGAUGUUGGAUGAAGAGUUGAGAAACUGAGCCUGACUCGGGGCUCUCCUUUUAAUGCUGCGAGGUCAAGUUUGAUGCCUUGACAGCAUACGUCUUACUACCCUCAGGCUGCUGAAAAGCCAAUGGUUAAACUGGCUUGAUUUGGAAUGUUUUUAUUAGUCAUGGGAGAAAAGAAAGCAGUAUAUUCUGGAAGAAACUUACCUUAAACAUCUUUCAUUAAACAAAAGAUGGAAGUGUCCGGAAAGCACCUAGAACAUAAGCAGGAGAAACGAAGGGGAAGAUGCAGGACUGUGGGACAGCGCGUCGCAGGUGUUUCUGCCAGACACCCGUCCGCCUGUUCCUGAGUCAACAAAACAGUGACGAGCUUUUCACAUCACCUUCAUAGUUUCAACACCCAGCUCAAAGCUUUCUGGAAUCUUUUAUUUUUUGUAAACUUUUUUUUCCCCCUUUUGUUAAAAUGAAUAAAACAGUCAAUGUUUUCCCCCUUUUCUCUCUUAUUACUUCCUUAUUUUUCGAAUUAUUUUGAAGUGCUUUCCUUCGGUUGUUGGUUUUAUUCUCCCGCUCCCCUCCCCUGUUCUUAUUACUCAGAGUAUAAACCUGCAAAGUUCUGCUCUGUUUUGGUUUUGAAUUAAGCUUUUCUGCUUCUGUGAGAGCACAGGCUUCUGUCCCUUUUGAUUCCAACUGAACUUUUGUGUUCUCUAAUGAUACUAACAUGGUGUAGGUUUUGCAGUCUCCUAAUUUGUACUGGUAAUGCAUAUUCCAAAUAAAUAGUUUCUUUUGUUGCAAAAAAAUAUA